CCACUUCCGGUGUUUCAUAUGGGACAGGUUACUGGUUAGCUUAAUGCUUCAGUCUAUUCUACCUUGGCUUGUUUGAAGUUAAUUUGUCAAAGUUUAAUAUGAGUAAAAAGAAAGCAGGGGGAGGACUUGGUCGAGCUCUGAUAAAAGAGAAACUACGAACAGGACGAAGAAACAGGCGAGGAGACUCCUGGCUGCACACUAGCGAACUAAAUGAUGGCUAUGACUGGGGACGACUAAACCUGCAAUCGGUGACGGAACAAACUUCCAUGGAUGACUUUUUGGCGACUGCUGAAUUGGCAGGGACAGAAUUUGUAGCUGAAAAACUCAACAUCAGGUUUGUACCAGCAGAAGCUAGAGCAGGUUUGUUAACAGUUGAAGAGAAAACCAGGUUGAAGAAGGUACAUGAAGACAACAAGCAUUUCCUCCGAAUUCCGAGACGUCCACACUGGGAUGAAAGCACCAGUCCAGAAACUCUUCAACAAGCUGAGAGAGACAACUUCCUGGAGUGGAGACGAGAUCUGGCACAACUAGAAGAAGAGCAAAAAUUGAUUCUCACCCCAUUUGAAAGGAAUCUGGAGUUUUGGAGACAGCUGUGGAGAGUGAUUGAGAGGAGUGAUGUUGUGGUUCAGAUUGUCGAUGCCAGAAAUCCUUUGCUGUUCCAGUGCCCUGACCUGGAAUCAUACGUAAAGGAGGUGUGUGAGGACAAGGUGAACAUGCUGCUUGUGAACAAAGCAGAUCUGUUGACUAGGGAACAGAGACGAGCCUGGGCUGCACACUUCCAGAGAGAAGGACUGAGGGCAGUGUUCUGGUCCGCUCUUGCUGAGAACAACAGACUGGAUGCAGAGGAGAAGGGUGUGGAAGUGGAGGAUCCCGAGUGUGGAGAGAGUGAUUCAGAAGAGGAGGAGCCAGACAAUGAUUUCUAUCAUUCAACUGGAGAUGAAGAGGAGGAAGAAGCAGCAGAGUGUGGUGCAGAUGAUGAGGAAGAUUGGCAGAGUUGCUCAGAAGGAGAAGAGGUGGAUGAGGAAGGCACUGCAGCUUCAUCUGAAGAAUCCACCUUCCACAACCCCAGCCAUCUGCUGCACAAGGAUGAGCUGCUGUCCGUGUUCAAGAGUGCACACAGUGGGCCUCGGUGUAAGGAAGGACAGCUGACAGUGGGACUGGUUGGGUAUCCCAAUGUGGGGAAGAGUUCUACAAUCAACACUAUUUUAAGGAACAAAAAGGUGUCUGUUUCAGCCACUCCUGGACACACAAAGCAUUUUCAGACUCUGUAUGUGGAGUCAGAUUUGUGCCUCUGCGAUUGCCCCGGUCUGGUUAUGCCCUCAUUUUUGUCCACCAAAGCUGAGAUGAUCUGCUCUGGAAUCCUGCCCAUUGACCAGAUGAGAGACCAUGUGCCUGCUGUCUCCCUCGUGUGUCAGACCGUUCCUCGACAUGUCUUAGAAGGCACCUAUGGCAUCAACAUCAUCCGCCCACGAGAAGACGAAGAUCCCGACAGGCCCCCUACCUCAGAAGAGCUGCUGAUGGCUUAUGGAUACAUGAGAGGCUUUAUGACAUCACAUGGGCAACCCGAUCAGUCCAGAUCAGCUCGAUAUAUCCUGAAGGAUUAUGUCAGUGGCAAACUGUUAUACUGCCACCCACCUCCCCAUAUUAAAGCUGAAGACUUCCAGCCACAGCACAACAAGUUCCACAAAACAGAGUCUGAAAACAGCAGCUGCUACAACACAGCAAACAAGCAACACAAAGUCAAAAGGAUUGAAAGCACGGUUGACAAGAGCUUCUUUCAUCAGGAGAAUGUGCGAGCGCUCUCCAAGGGGGUUCAAUCUGUCAUGUGCUACAGACCUGGAAGUGGACCUGUUGGCCUGGGAGUGGCUACGUCAGAGAUGCGAGAGGGCAAACCCUGGAAAAAACAUGGCAACAGAAACAAAAAGGAGAAGGUGCGUCGGAUAAACAAGCAUCUGGAUGCCUGAGGAGCAUCUGAGGUCAAAGGACGUUAUACUACAUUGCAUCUGUCAUUUCACCUGGAAUGAAUUAAAGUCUUUACAGUAGAUCACAAGUGAUUCCAAUUGAAUUAAUCCAUUGCUGUGUCUUGAAAUGGAUAUGUCUCAUAAUUGUCCUGGAAGCAUCUUUGUAUUUGGUAAUGAGCUGCAUUAUUGUCCACAAAGAACUGCUUUGGUUUAAAGUACAUGUUGCAUUCCAUCAGCUGAAACCGUUUGUGUCCAGUGCAUCUCACUGACUGAAAGGACUUCAUGGAUGAAGUGUGUUUUUGUAUGUUUUAAUUGAUAUUAUGAGGAAAUAAAAUAGAACAUUUUCUAUUUGUAUUUUCAAAAGAGUGUUAAAUAUACGAGGGCUGUCCAUAAAGUAUAGGUCCUUUUUAUUUUUUUUCAAAAACUAUAUGGAU